UAUUGCAGCGCAAACUCAUUUCGAAUUGCAUCAUGUGGAUUCUAUUUUUUCUUUUCUAAAUGAUAAUUUUUGAUUCUAAAAUUUUUUGGUGAUAAUUAUGUCAUCAUUCUUAACGGAUAUUUUCCACUCUUUGUUUUCAUUAUCAUCGUCAACAUUGCCACCGAAAACCUUGCUACAACAAUCACAUAAUGAAGAUUAUGAAUAUGGUAUUGGUAGUGGCCUAAAACAUGAACGUCCAUGUCGUGCAUGUAAUGAUUUUAAAACAUGGAUCAAAACUAAUCGCAAUCAACAAUCCAAACAACAACAACAAAAAACUGAUAAUAAUAAUAAUUCCGAAUCAAUCGAUAAAAUUCGAUCUGAUUGUCCAUUGGAUAAAGAUGAAUUAGGACGUAAUACAUGGAGUUUAUUACAUACAAUAUCAGUUUAUUAUCCAGAAAAACCGACUACCGAUGAACAAGAAUUGAUGAAAAAUUUUAUAAAAGGAUUGGCUCGAUUUUAUCCAUGUGAAACAUGUGCAAAAGAUUUUCAAACGGAAAUUCAUAAUGAUCCACCACAAACAGAAACUAGACAUUCAUUAUCAAUGUGGUGGUGUCGUCAACAUAAUCGUGUUAAUAAAAAAUUAGGAAAACAACAAUUUGAUUGUACAAAAUUAGAACAAAGAUGGCUUGAUGGUUGGAGUGAUGGAUCAUGUGAUUAGUAGUUGAUAAUUUUUCUUGUCAUUUCGUUAGUUGAUAUGUUGUUUAUUAUUAUUAUUAUUUUUUGUAAUUGAAAAUUAAAAAUCAUAAUUUAUCCGACCAAGGUGU